AUGGCCAAAAGUAACCUCAACCCAACGGAGCCUGAGGCCAGUGGCAGCCACACUCCCUCAUUGGCAUCACCAAUGGCAACUGCAAAGAAAGACUACCAUCACAAACCAACCAUUAAAGCAAUUAGACAGCGUGAUCUAACUCCUGAUGUCGAUGACUUGCUGGUUAUCUACUGGCUUGGUCUUCCGGAGAGCAACCUGGCCGGCCCGGGAACCUCUGAACCCAAACAACUUGCUAUCCCUACCAAUCUUAAGCCGAUUCAGACCUGGUUCCAGAAGGAGAACGGCUACUCAAUCAGAAUCAAGCUUCUCCGGAGGCGAUUAAUUGCCUUGAAGGACACCUCCAUCAAGUUCUCAAACAUCUUCAGCCUGAUUCAGCAGCAUUCACUCAGCCUUGGACAAAACACCUCCUACAGCAAAAUGAUGCAAUGUACAAGAGAGGCAUACAAGGCUCAAAAUGGUAAACCAUUUGCCUUCAAAUCAGCUUGGUGCAUCCUUUGGGAUCAUCCAACGUGGAGGAUGACGUAUAUGGAUUUUCCUCAACCCGCCAACAAACCUCCUAUCCAAAAACGUGAUCUUGCUGGACAGACAAAGGCUCACGUUCAGCCGGAAAUUGAUGUCGCUCUUCUCCAAGCUUGA